AUGCUUCUGGCUUAUUUAACGGUUUGCAUGUUACUCAGCGGUGAGCUAACUAUCUUAGUAAGUUCAUUAUCGACAACACUCAUCAUUAAUAUAGAUAAGGGUGUUGCGUUCGAUCAAAUUGGUUACUAUUCCGAACAAUUGGAAGAAGUAGUUUUGCAUAUAUUUAUACCAAUAAAUAAUUAUUGUCUCGACUCUCCAAAUUCUAAUGUUUGUCAACAUAUUGAAAAAUCAAAUUCGGAUUUGGUUGAAAUUGGAACAAUUAUCUCGGUCGAAAAUAUUUUAUUUUCAAGAUAUGAUAAAGGAAAUGUGUCGACUAUUAUAAAUUUAGACAUUGAAAGAAUUUUAUCGCAUCAUCAAGUUGAAAAAUUUAUAGAUAAUACUAAAUCUAUGAUUUAUUACUUUGACAACAAUUUUUAUGUUACAAAAAAUAUGAAUAAAGACACAUUUCAUGAUGGUACUAUAGAUAUUCACCACCAAAAGUUACUACAAUAUACUGCGAAUCCUAUAAAUCUAGUUCUCAAACAAUUAUUUCAAGAUAAAAUCGGAUAUGAUUUUUUGACAAAAGAUCAAAUUCUCGAAAUUUUAUCAUUACCAAUGCUAUCUCUACAGGAACAAUUUGAUUUGAAUCAUUCUCAUGAAAGCUUAACUCAAUUCAAAAAGAUGAUUAUUGGACAAACCGUAUACGCUUUAAAAUCAUGUUCACUUUCCCGUAUUGAUAGACUAUCAAAAGAUUCUUCAUGUUUAGCAGUUUCUACUUUAUUUCGUAAGAUCCCAGUAAAAACAUCAUCUGUUUACAACGUCUAUCGUACGAUACCGUUACCGAUUACAAUCGAUGGACAAAAAUAUGUAUAUUCAUCUUUACCAAACAUUCUUGGUGUCAAUACUAUUGACAAAACAAUUGUUCAAUGGAACGAGAAUAAUUUCGUAUCUGACUGCAUUGUUUCUGAUAUAAUACAAUGUCGAAAAAUUCCAAUAAGUAUACCAUUGUCAUCUGUUGCCUGCGUCUCUGACAUUUUAGAUACUACAGCAGACUCUGAUGCUAGAUGUGAAGUAACUCGUUCAACAUAUACACAACCUAGUAUUAUGAAUAUAAAAAAUGACAUUUGGUUGUUUUAUUCUAAUGACGAAUCCUAUGAAUGUGUCGUGCACUCAGCACUCACCGGUAGUGCAAACACAAUAUCUGUAAGUGAACCAUCGAUACUAAAACUUCCAUGUGAACACACAAUUCAUUGUUCACACAUCGUUUUACCAUCUAUACAAUGUCUCAAAACUACUGUUACAUUAAAAACAAUGAACAAUAAUAAUUCAAAUAUACAUUUUACUACACCAAUAUCAAUUAAAAGAAUUAUGAAACAUCUACUAUCUAUUUCUGAAAUAGCAGCAGAAACAUCUUUCAGAAAAUUAAAAUCUAAGAUGAAAGUAGACCGUUUUUCAUUUAAAGAAAAUAUAGAAGAAUUUUUAAGCUUGAUUAUUUCCAUUAUCUUAUCCAUGGUAUUUGGUAUUCUAAUAUUAAUACUUAAAUACUCCAAAGCUAAAAUACAAAAACAACUUAACAAACUUCAAACAAAUCUGAAUAUAUUGCAUACUGAAUACAUCGAUCAAAUUUGA